UUACCCGUUAUAGCGUUUUACAGGAGGGAGGGGACACGGAGUCGCCGCCAUUGCUCACUCCUUCAGCCUCCUCCGAUGAUUUCAUCUCGAAUCUGUACCUGUCUGAUCGAACGAUAGCCAGAGAGGGAGAGAGGAGAGAGAGGAAAAAGGAGGGGAGAGAAGAAGAAGGGAAUUCUUCUUCGUUCUCCUUCUCCUCACUUCCACCUACCGGUCGAUGAUAUCGACUUUGAUAACCUCGGCUAGGGUUUGUCUCAUGAUAAGACAUGGGAAAGCGAGGAGGGAAGAAGAAUGCAUCGUCGUUCUUUUUAAGGAAGUUUGGAUCGGCCCGGCGAUCGGAGCUGCAGCCGUUGAUGGCAGUUUCGCCGGGGGAGGCGGCGAUUGUGACGCCGGGGGUUAAAGGGGCGAAGAAGAAGGCGGGUUCUCGGCUCUGGAUGCAAUUGGAUCGCACGGGGAAAUCGGAAGUAACGGAGCUUGAUAAGAACGCUAUUAUAAGGCGGGCUUCCAUCCCUACCCGGGACCUUAGAAUCCUUGGCCCCAUUUUCUCCCAUUCUUCUAAUAUCAUUGUUCCAGCGUUUUUUGGAUUCUGUACUCGUCUUAAGCUCACUGAUAGCUUUGUGAAGGUUCUUGCUCCUUAG